GCGUUGCUGAUUUGCGGUCGCUCACGCCUAGCGGACCCUGUCAGGUAUCAAGCGCGCGCCGGGACUGGAUCGAAGAGGCCCGCGGGACCUGCUCGGUGUCCCGGAGUCUCAGCCGGGGCAGCGCAGGGCUGGAGGGUCUCUGUACUUCCAUUCCUAAAGGACUCACACAAUGUUUUCCAAACUAGCAAGUUUGCAGACAGUUGCUGCUCUGCGGCGAGGGGUCCAUGCUUCAGUCGCCUCUGCUGCAUCUGUUGCAACUAAGAAGACAGUCCAAGGCCCGCCGUCCUCUGACUACAUCUUUGAACGGGAAUCUAAGUAUGGUGCACACAAUUACCAUCCUUUACCUGUAGCCCUGGAGAGAGCAAAAGGUAUUUAUGUGUGGGAUGUAGAAGGCAGGCAAUACUUCGACUUCCUGAGUGCUUAUGGUGCUGUCAGCCAAGGGCACUGCCACCCCAAGAUCAUAAAUGUUAUGAAGAGUCAGGUGGACAAACUGACCCUAACUUCUCGUGCUUUCUAUAACAACGUCCUUGGUGAAUAUGAGGAGUACAUUACCAAACUUUUCAACUACCACAAAGUUCUCCCUAUGAAUACAGGAGUGGAGGCUGGAGAGACUGCCUGUAAGCUUGCUCGUCGUUGGGGCUACACCGUGAAAGGCAUCCCGAAAUACAAAGCAAAGAUUGUUUUUGCUGAUGGAAACUUCUGGGGCCGAACAUUGUCUGCAAUCUCCAGUUCCACAGACCCGACCAGUUAUGAAGGCUUUGGACCCUUCAUGCCAGGCUUUGAAACCAUCCCGUAUAACGAUCUGCCCGCACUGGAGCGUGCUCUUCAGGAUCCAAAUGUUGCUGCCUUCAUGGUGGAGCCCAUCCAGGGUGAAGCAGGUGUUGUUGUUCCAGAUCCAGGAUACCUGAUGGGAGUCCGAGAACUCUGCACUAGGCACCAGGUCCUGUUUAUUGCUGAUGAAAUACAGACGGGAUUGUCCAGAACUGGUAGACGGCUGGCUGUGGAUCAUGAGAAUGUCAGACCUGACAUAGUUCUUCUCGGGAAGGCCCUUUCUGGCGGCUUAUACCCUGUGUCUGCAGUACUGUGCGAUGAUGAGAUAAUGCUGACAAUUAAACCAGGGGAACAUGGCUCCACAUACGGUGGUAAUCCACUAGGCUGCCGAAUUGCCAUUGCAGCUCUUGAGGUUUUAGAAGAAGAGAAUCUUGCUGAAAACGCAGACAAGAUGGGUACCAUCUUGAGAAAGGAGCUCAUGAAGCUGCCCUCUGAUGUUGUGACUGCUGUUAGGGGGAAAGGGUUGCUAAAUGCCAUUGUCAUCCGGGAAACCAAAGAUUGUGACGCUUGGAAGGUGUGUCUGCGACUCCGAGAUAAUGGGCUCCUGGCCAAGCCAACCCAUGGUGAUAUCAUCAGGUUAGCCCCUCCACUUGUGAUCAAGGAGGACGAGAUCCGGGAGUCAGUGGAAAUCAUUAACAAGACCAUCUUGUCCUUCUGAGAAUAAGAACUGCUCAGUGCUCCCCGGGAGCCAUCUUCAGACGGACUUCUUGUGACACUCUGCUCACAGCAGGCAGAUCUCACUGGUUGGUCUCUUGAAAGACAUUUUUUUUUUGGAUAUGCAUACCUAUUUUUUUCAGUUGAUGCAUAGUAGAGUGACAUUUAUGAACCUGCAGUUGGCUGUGGCAUCUCGCUUUGUGGGAACUUUCUAAGGUGAAGCACUUCCAUCUCUACACAGCCUUCAAAUCCAGUCCUGCAUCAUUUACAUACAUUUUUAUAAUUUCCUUGCUGGUGUGAAUGUUUUGAAUUUGAAAGUUAUUUCUGAGAUACUACAGGAGAGACUUGCUUAACCUCAUGCAGUUGAAUCAUUAUAAUCAAUGGAUGUUAAGAUGAUUAAAGGUUAAGCAUAUGUAAAAUACCCGUUUCAAGUAAACUUUGCAUUGGCCAACACUAGAAUGCUUUAUAUAGAUUCUGAGAAUUCUUUCCUAAAUUACACUUUUAAGUGCUUGAUUGCAAUUUGUAAAACAUUUCAGUAUUUCUUUGAAUAAAGCUUAUUUUUCUUUUUACUCCAGCAGAGUAUUUUGUAUUUCCAUAUUGGUAAUAGUAAGUGUAUUCCACUCCUGUGACUGGCAUUUCUUCUCUUCUUGAGACCAUUGGGUGUGUUCAUUUCAGGCUUUUUAUUCUAAAUAAAGCUAUGAUUAGUUCAUAUCUGUA